ACGCCCCACUCAGCUGACCCGGUCCCAACAUGGCAGCCGCAGUGGAGGAUGAGUUUGAAGACGCGCCUGAUGUGGAGCCGCUCGAUCCCACCCUGAAAAACAUCAUCGAGCAGAAAUCUCUGAAGUGGAUAUUCGUCGGGGGGAAAGGCGGCGUGGGCAAAACGACUUGCAGUUGCAGCCUGGCGGUGCAGCUGGCGUCGGUCAGAGAGAGCGUGCUCAUUAUCUCCACAGACCCUGCCCACAACAUCUCGGACGCCUUCGACCAGAAGUUCUCCAAGGUGCCCACCAAGGUCAAAGGUUACGACAACCUGUUUGCCAUGGAGAUCGAUCCCAGCCUGGGAGUGUCCGAGCUGCCUGAUGAAUUCUUCGAGGAGGACAACAUGCUGAGCAUGGGCAAGAAGAUGAUGCAGGAGGCCAUGAGCGCCUUCCCAGGCAUCGACGAGGCCAUGAGCUACGCGGAGGUCAUGAGGUUAGUGAAGGGCAUGAACUUCUCCGUGGUGGUGUUCGACACUGCCCCCACUGGCCACACGCUGCGACUGCUCAACUUCCCCACCAUCGUGGAGAGGGGGCUGGGCAGACUCAUGCAGAUCAAGAACCAGAUCAGCCCUUUCAUCUCGCAGAUGUGUAACAUGCUGGGUCUGGGGGACAUGAACGCAGACCAGCUGGCCUCCAAACUGGAAGAGACUCUGCCAGUGAUCCACUCCGUCAGCGAGCAGUUCAAGGACCCGGAGCAGACCACGUUCAUCUGCGUGUGCAUCGCUGAGUUCCUGUCCCUCUACGAGACGGAGAGGCUGAUUCAGGAGCUGGCCAAGUGCAGGAUCGACACCCACAACAUCAUCGUCAACCAGCUGGUGUUCCCGUCCUCCGAGCGGCCCUGCAGGAUGUGCGAGGCGCGCCACAAGAUCCAGUCCAAGUACCUGGACCAGAUGGAGGAUCUGUACGAAGAUUUCCACAUUGUGAAGCUGCCUCUUCUCCCUCACGAGGUCCGGGGGUCCGACAAGGUCAACCUGUUCUCCCAGCUGCUCCUGGAGCCGUACAAACCCCCCAGCAACUGAGGACAAGGGACUGAGACCACAGGCAGAGACAGACACUCUCUGAACAGCACUACCCCUCCCCCCGGUCAGUCCUGGCCAGUCUCCACCGUUUGAAUACAGCUCUAGUUCUUUCCAAACCGUCAGUUCAUUUAAUUUGUUAUUUAGCGGUGCACUUAAUUCCACUUCCCAGACUCCUUUUCUGUCCUGUUUCUGAAAGGAUGUUCACUUGGAGAGUAUUUUUUGUCCCGAUGAAUAUAGUUAGCGAGAAUUUGAACAGGUCCGUCCUCCAAAAAACUGAACUCACAACAGAGUGAGCUAGCGCUGGGAUGAAGAGGGGUUUUCAUGGGCGGGUAUUCUUUCCAAAUUUCAAUAAAUGCCCUGUAGUGUACAAUUUUUACACUAAACGUUGUACUGUUUUGUUUUGUUUGGUUUUUCCCUCUGGUUAGAAUAAACCCAUUUCUUUUUCUCUUU